UCAGCUGAUGUCCUUCUCUAUAAAUGCAGUAACAGCCUCGUGCAGCUUGCAGCUUCGCCGUUGGGCUCAAUUCUCACUAGAGAGUCAGUUAUUUUGCACCAGACUCCAUUCAAUAAAGCAGGGAUUUAAGAGCUCCUUGAUCAUCGUGAAGCCGCAGAGGCGUUUCCGGGUGUUAUAAAAAUCAUCAGGGGUCACGUUUUACUUCGGCAUGCACGAGUCUCACCCAGAACAUCUGAAAUCAAGUUUUAAGAUUUACUCUUUUUGCUCUAAUUACCUCCAUGUGAGGACGCUCGAUGUAGGCUGCAGACGGGAACCGGUCCUAAUGGAUUGAAGGAACCAAUUUUAAUCGCGCGCUGGGUCGGAUUAUCCUGCCGAACUGACCUGGAGGACCUUGGUUUUAAUUCUUUAGUUAUUUUCUACCAGCAUGUGUACACUUGGGUACAGUAGGGAAUGUCUUUGUUAUGGAGCCUGAGGCCGGCGCUGACGUCGCUUCUUCAAGCAUCCCAGCAUGCCUCUGCCUGGACGGCUCCCAUCCUCUCCAGGACGAUGGCCACCCUCAACCAGAUGCACCGCCAGGGGAAGCCCAAGCCGCCUCCUAAAUCUGUCGGCGCCACGUUCGGCCGCCCCCAGCUGAAGGCGGUGAUCCUGAAGACCAUGAUCCGAAAGCCCAAGAAGCCCAACUCCGCCAACAGGAAGUGCGCUCGAGUGCGGCUGUCCAACGGGAAGGAGGCGGUGGUGUUCAUCCCCGGGGAGGGACACAACCUGCAGGAGCACAACGUGGUGCUGGUGGAGGGCGGGAGGACGCAGGACCUGCCCGGAGUCAAACUCAAAGUGGUCAGAGGCAAAUAUGACUGUGCCCACGUGGUGAAGAAGAAACAGUAGACUGAGAGGAGGACGCUGGUGUGGGAUGGAAGCGUGUGUCUGUCAGUUGUUUAAUAAAUACAUGUUCUCUUAAUCACGC